AUGAGGCGGUACGCUGUGUUGUACGUGGCGUUCCAUUUGUACGCGGUAAGGAUAUCUUGCUCGGCGCAGAACGUGGACUCGACGGUUGCGAGUACCGCGACAGGCGCUACCGAAGAGAACACCGAGGGCGCAGAGGGGGAGGAGCAGGAAGAGGAAGCCAUGAUCGAGUCCGUGCCGAUGACGGAACAGGUUAUGGAUCCCAACGUAAAAAUAACCAUCGUGCCGGACGUGGAUGAGACCGAGGAUGACUGGGACGCGAACUGGGACGCGAACAAGGUUAUCCGAGACGUCGCGUAUUACAUCCGAGCUCACAAAUUCCAGGACUUCGAUCGCCGUUAUUACCGGAGGCUCGAGGACUCGCCGAGCAGGCUUUACGAGGAGUUCCCGAAGCGGCCUUUGAGAUCUUUGCAUUGGGAAGUGCGCAGACAUUGCGAGGCAAGCUUCGCCGAGUGCCUGAGGUAUCUCGAAAGAAACGUUAAACUCGCAGCCCUCAGGCGGGAGGACGACACCGUCACGAUCAUGAAAGAGCAGAAUUGGAAUCUCGCGCGCAAUACUAAGCAGGUCCUGGCUGUUCAAAGGGACUGUCAGGCGGCGCAGAGGCGUGACAAGCUAACCGCGGUUCCCUUUCAGGGUCCAAUAGAACGAUUCCAAUGGCGCACCACGGUCAGCUACUACAUGUGCUGGUACACGAUGCUCGGUGUGCCGGAGCUAAGUAUCUUCGGAGAAUCCUGCGACAAUCACGCCAACUGCGAGGUCGACGGUGGGAACGGUGAUCCCCGAGCCGACGACGCGAAACCGUAUGCCUGCGCGCUUUAUAGUUUCUGUCCCGAUCAUUGCUGCCCGUUGAAGCACAUCAGAUCCAUGUCGGAUUGUUAUCAGUCGCCGCGGAACCCUUGCCACGCUGGGAACACAGCAUCGCGCAGAGAGUGCACGUUGAACCGACAGGAGAAUCACGAUUUUCUCAGUCUGAUAGCUAAUCAGAUCAACAUCAGCUGCUAUUGCCCAGAAACGGGCUACGAGUGGUCCUCCAGGUUCGGGUUUUGCAUCGACGUGAACGAGUGCACGCGCAAACUGCACGAUUGUUCCUUGGAAGACGGCGAGACAUGCUUCAACAUGCCGGGUGGCUACGAAUGCGUCUGCAAAUUCGGCUACGCGUACGACUCAGAAUUGAAAGCCUGUAUCGUUAGUUCCGUAGUACAAGAAGCGUUAACGAUAAAUCAGACCGAAUCUAACGAGACAAAAAAGACGAACAUUAUGGAGAUGAUCAUCGACACGAUCACGAGGUCGACUGGAAAUCGGCUCGUGAUCGAUCGGAUUGUUUUCUCUACGGUAUCCAUGCCAUUACUGAGUGUUUAUGCAUGCGGAAAUUAA